ACAACAAAAACAGAGGUCUUCGUUUUCAACAUUUCAACCAUUCUUUGUUUGAUGUGUCGAUGAUUUUGUCUGGUGGUAGUGAAGACGGUUUUUUUUUUAAAGAACACUUUAACUCCUGAUGUACCAUCUGUUGCUAGUCAAACGAAUAUAAAAGCUGUGUGAAACAAAGAUUUGUUGGGAUUUGUUUUAAUGAGUGCAUUGGGCUAAGUGACGAAAAGACACGUCAACACCAUGGCGAAAGUAAUAUCACAGGAGACUUUCGACGAUGUCGUGAAGGAAAAUAUUGUCGAAUUUUCAAUGGGUGCAGAUGAGGCCAAAGACGAAACGGUCAAACAAUUCGAAGCGCAGGGAAUCAAUUUAGCCAACAUCAUCAAAGACUUGUCGCUGAACGAAGUAACCGGCCAACCGCUGUUGAACGAAGCUAUUGACUGCUUAAAGGAACAUGUUUCCGGUGCGAACCGCUUAACCGAUGACUCAUUGAUUGCCAAAUUAGAUGUUUUGUUUACGGAAUGCUCGAAAUCGGUUCCACAUCGAGUGUUAGCAUCUACAAACGGAGUUUGUGAGGUCCUCCAAUCAAUCAUCAACGAUUCGUUGAAAGCCGAUCCGGUUCCAUUACCGGUCGUCCUCAAAUCUCUGAAAGCCUUCAAUUCAGUGGUCAACAAGCAGCCGGACGUUUUUGAUCCCGAAACAUUGCUAAUUGUGAUCAAAAUUUUGGAGAGCCAGACUGAUGCUUUGAUUAGAUGCAGCGCAUUACGUUUACUCGCCAAGGCGUGUGUGAUGCAUGAAAUCAAUCGCCAGAAUAUUGUCAACGCCGAUAUCGUCAAGUAUUUGAAACCUUUACUGGCUGAGGAAAGUAGUGAGAUCAUUACAGAUGUUUGUACUGUCUUCCGGUAUUUGAUAUUAGACGACGAUAUUCGUGUAGAAUUCGGGAAGGCUCAUGAACAUGCCAGAACAAUUGCUGCGGAAGUAUUGGUGGAUAUAACGAACUUGUUGACAAGAUUCAAAUCGGAUCCGACCAUUUCAUGUGAUCUCAUUUUGACCAUAGCUGCACUGACUGUACGCAAUGAAUUCUGUACGGUCGUUGAAGAUGCUGGUGGACUGAAUUUUAUCAUUGAUGCUAUGAAUACUUAUCCGGACGACCUCAAAUUGGUACGGGAAAGUUUUAAGUUGCUUCGAGCGUUGGCAGGAAAUGAUAAAGUCAAAUUGAGUAUAAUACAACUCGGAUCAGCGCCAAUUAUCAACGACGUGCUCAACAGGCAUAAGGAAAAUGAAACGAUUGCGAAGGUUGCACUGAUGUGCCUAUCCACACUUACAUUGCGCUCAACCGAAAACAGUAAGAUGCUAUACGAUGUCGGCAUUGCCGAAACGAUUGUCGAAACUAUGAAACUGCAUCCGACCAGCAAGGCUGUUCAGCGAAACGGUGCUUGGGCAAUCCGUAACAUGGUAUCCCGAUCUCGUUACCAAUGCGAAACGUUCAUCAAUUACGGCGUGGAAGAUGUUCUGAACGAGGCCUUAACAGCGCAUCCAGCGGUUGCUCAUGACAUCAAAUCAGCAUUGAGAGAUUUAGGCUGUAAGUUGGUGUUGAAGGAAGAAUGGACAAAUACUUCGUCGUAUAAGAUCGCUCGAGAUUAAUUCGUGGGCCAGACCGAUUUACCAACUGAUCGACUCGUCGCAGAGAGUAUAAAAAUUGUGAUGUUUAACACGGCCUUAACAAUAACUAUGGCUCAGCUACUCACUCCGAAUCUAA